AUGUCCGUCCCCUCACAGGGUGACCAAUUCACACCUUUUGCCGUAGAGAAUUCCAGGUCAUCGUCGUCGCCAGCGUCCUCCUCCGUUCUUCAAUCAUCCACCGCCGUGACCACCACCACCACCACCACCACCACCACCACAACCGACACCCAGUCCCAGUCCGACCAGGACGACCUCGACGCUCAGUUCACAACUCUUUUCUGCAGGGCACUCUACAACUAUGACGCCCAAGACUCGUCCGCGCUGUCCUUCAGGCAAGGAGAUAUCAUAGAGGUCCUCUCACAGCAGCCCUCGGGCUGGUGGGACGGUCUGUUGGGAGAGGAGCGCGGAUGGUUCCCUUCAAACUAUGUCACUAUCAUCAGCGAUGAGGAAGUCGACCAGGCAUUCUCCGGCUCAGAAAUGUCCACCGCUGAUUACUCCAACACCACCGUCGUCAAUCAAGACAAUUCCACUGUCGACAUGUCCCAUGCAUUGAUGAGGGGUGGUAGCCUGUCCGAGAACGAAGAAUGGCUUGAUAGCGAGCUUGGCUCCCACAGAAAUGGCCAUCAGCCCGGCUCGAACAAGGCCUCGAGUAGUAGUAAGGCGCAGCCCGGUGAUUAUUGGAUGCCAGAAAUCACACCAGACAACCAAAUCUGGUAUAUUAAUGAACGAACUGGCCAGCGAGCAAGAGAAAUACCACUCGAUUCCGAGGACGAGACAUCGGACGGUGAUUUGGCCGGUCUAACGUCACAGUCCAGCUCACGAUCUGCAACCUCUGUAAAUCUCCCCUACAGCGUAAACGGCUCUUCAGAAACAUCCCAUACCAGUCUCCAUUCACAAUCCACCGCUGAAACUACCUCAAGGGGCGUCCGCACACCCGAGCCGUGGGUCAAGCAAACGUCCGGUGAUGGCACUUAUUAUUAUUACAAUACGGUCGACGGCACUGCCCAAUGGACACGGCCACAGGCAACCAAUGGAAGUCCUUCAGCAGCUGCAACGGCAACCGACCCUUCGUCUUCCUUCCCAGGGGCGAACAGAGCAACAGACAAUUCCCGUCUCAGCGUGUAUUCGGAUAGUUCAGACGUCCAACCCCUUGAUCACAUCAAGCCCAGACGACCACCAGCACCUCGCGCACAACCAGUUGACCCCAUCGACCCCGACAUGUUCGAACUCACAUCAGCCGAGAAGAUUGCCAAAUCGCUUCAACAAUCAUUGGAGCCUCCGCCGGUGGAGAAGGUGACCGACCUGUCAGCUAUCGCAACUGCCGCCAUCCACGCCGUCGUCGAUAGCAUCCAAAGCAAUGGCGUCACGCGGCCACCGGAAGAUUAUGCUCACCUCGAUGAUUUGGUGUCUAGCGUGGUCGUGGCCGUUCGCAAUCUCUUGAUAGAGACGGAUGCCGAAGAGUUGGAGCGGGCCGUUCAGUCGUUUGUAGUGGAGGUGGAGCGUGUCCAGCAGUCGGGCGAUUCUCCUCAAUCUCAGACCAAGCGACUGGAAGGUGUUUUCUCGAACGCUAAUCUCGGGCUUGGAUUGGUUGGAGCUGGUGAAGCUGGAAGCUGGAAGGGCUUUGGCUGGGUGUCUUUGGAGAGCGACGCUGUUGCUCCGAAGAAGGUUCUGGGUGCUGAAGUCGCAUCAGAGGUCACUGCCCAUUUGUCCUCGCUUCUGGAUACCAUUGCAGGUCUGGGACAGGCUCUCCGCGUGAGCAGCGACUCAUCAGUGGAGCAAGUUCGCCAAAGGGUUCAACAGUCCGUAACACAGGUUUCGGCGUUUCUAUCAUAUGUUGCCGACAUUCACAUUGCCCGCCAUAUCGACAUUGAUGGUACAGUGACACAGGAUCGAGCUACUCAGGACGGGCGUUACUCCCAGACUGUGGAAAGUGCUAGGAAGCUGGUUCGAACUCUGGAAACGGUCUUGCAAGGACUGUACGACGAUACAUCUGCCUUGCUCCUCACGGCCCAGAACCUUCACGAUGGCGACACUCCCCAGACUCCGGGCGAACGGGAAUCCUCAUACGACCUUCUCGACAAACUCUGCACCUCCAUCAGCUCCAACCUCAGCCAAUGUCGCCAAGCGAUCGAAGCCAUCCUUUCCAUCGGUCAUGAACAAGCCGACAUCGCUCUAGGCGACUACACAGGUUCGAUCGAGCGGCGCAUGUCGCGUUUGAGCAUGAUUCACAACCAAAUUGGCACUUCCCAGUACAAGGACGACACCGCGUACGAUUCGGAGAACGAAGGUGUCGUAGACUUGGAGAUUGCGUUCAAUCGCCAGGGUGGUCGGAAGCUCUCGUCUGCCAACGAUUCUUCAUAUGAAUCUGGUCGGACGCUCGCGAAUGGUACCUAUGACGAUGGAUACCAACACGCCAAUGAUUCUGCGGGCACCCUGGAUAAGACUCUGGUAUCCACGAUACCCCCUGAUCGUCAGUCGGACCUCGAUAUUGAUCUUUCUGAUGAUGAACUUGUUCCCAAGGCUCCAAGUCGACCUGCCAAGCAAAAGGAUUUGGAGACGUGGCUCGGGCGUGAAUACGCAGACAAGGUCGCAGCCGACUCGAUAGCAUGGUAUCUGCGCCCCAGCUACAGCCCUGAGGAUAUCAUCAUCGAGUCCGAUGGGUCUGUCCGUGGCGGUACUGUUCCAGCGUUGGUUGAAAAACUAACGGCACAUGAGCAACUAACUGAUCGGACGUAUACUGAGGCGUUCCUGAUGACGUUCAAGUCGUUCACGACUCUGGACGAACUUGUGGAUCUUCUCAUUGAACGGUUUAGGGUGAAGCCUCCGGACAAGUUGAACCCUGCCGAACUUGAGGAAUGGUCCAAGUUGAAGCAGCAUAUCAUUCAGAUUCGGGUUAUCAACACCUUCAAGUCAAUAAUUCAGGGUGAAGAUAUUCUGGAAAAAGAAGACAUGUAUAUUCUCGACAAGAUCAAGAAUUUCAUUCUGUCAGAUGAUGUCGUGGGCUUCCCUGCUGCAAAGCAAUUGCUCAACCUGAUCGAGCGAGCGCAACGCAGUGGCAGCGAUAACCUCAAAGCUAUGGUCAACACCAAUCUGGUGCCUCCACCUCCGCCUAUAGUACCGAAGUCGACGAAGAAACUGCGCCUUACUGAUAUUGAUGCAUUGGAACUCGCUCGACAGUUGACCCUCAUGGAGAGUCAGCUGUAUCAACGCAUCAAACCCAUGGAAUGUCUUCAACGUGCUCGAGAGCAGAAGACAGAAAACAUGGAUAAUAUUGCCCUUGUUAUCCAGACUAGCAAUAGGAUUGCUGAUUGGGUUGCGGAUCUGGUGCUGAGCAAGGAGGACUCGCGUAAACGAGCUGCCAUUGUCAAGCACCUCAUCACUAUCGCAGACCGUUGCCGGUCACUAAACAAUUUCUCGAGCAUGAUUGCUAUCACCUCUGGUCUGAAUACGCCUCCCAUCCGACGAUUGAAGCGUACCUGGGAACAAGUCAGCCCGCGGUACAUGUCCAUGUUCCAGGCUUGCGAGAUGACCAUCGACAGCAACAAAAAUUUCACCAAGUAUCGUCAACUCAUGGCCUCGGUAACCCCACCAUGUGUGCCAUUCAUUGGUGUCUUCCUGUCGACAUUACAGUUCAUUCAGGAUGGUAACCCCGACAUGCUGCCUGGCGGGUUGGUCAAUUUCCGCAAACGACAGAAGGCAUCCGAAGUCAUCAGCGACAUCAAAAGAUGGCAAACACAAUCAUUCAACCUUCAAUCUUUACCUAUCGUCCUGAACUACAUCGAGGAAUCCCUCAAUCAGUACAGCGAUACCCGAGCAUCGAGCGACCACUUUUGGCAGCUGAGUCUGGAACGGGAGCCUCGCGAGAGAGAAGACGAAAAGAUGGCACGAGAAACUGGGAGCUUUUCCAUCAAGGGCCCUCCACUUUCUGGCGAGUGCUCGAAGGCCGUUUUGAAAGGGUCCUCUGGGGGUCCAGAGGCUGGGAACCAUCUUGUAGCAUGA